AUGGCUUCAAAUAAGAAAAGAACCCCAAAAAGUCUUGCGGCUGGUCGCCCUCCAACUUUCCAUCGACCCAAGUCUAUCUCAAGGAAAGCUACCAAGACACUUAUCAACCGACUCCAUCUCCUGGAGAAGAGAAAACGACAAGCCAUUGCGAAGGGCGACAAGGCUGAAGAGGCAGCUAUUGAUGCCGAGAUUCAAUCCCUGGGCGGUAUCAAGCGUUAUCAGGAAGCGAGUCUGCAAGGCCAGCGACAUGACAGAGGAGGCGACAGUUCUCGGGUCCUCAUGCAAUGGCUGCAACCAUGUCUUACAUCAAAGCCAUCAUCAGGUCGACGACUUCGCAUGCUCGAGGUCGGUGCCCUGAGCACGCAAAAUGCGUGCUCAAAAAGCGGAUGUUUUGACAUAGAGAGAAUCGACCUCAACAGCCAAGGGGAAGGCAUCUUACAGCAAGACUUUAUGCAACGGCCUUUGCCUCGAGACGAGUCUGAGCGUUUCGAUAUAAUAUCGCUCUCUCUAGUUCUCAAUUUCGUUCCUGAUCCCAAGGGACGAGGCGACAUGCUCCGCCGGGCAACCCAUUUUCUCUUUCCUCCAGGGCAGCACCUGGAUAACCCCCAACUAGCCGCCCAUUUUCCAAGCCUCUUCCUCGUCUUACCUGCGCCGUGUGUGACGAACUCUCGCUACCUUGACGAAGAGAGGUUGGCUUCGAUCAUGACUUCCCUCGGCUAUACGAAGACAGCAUCCAAGACAAGCCAAAGGCUCGUCUACUACCUGUGGAAGAGGGAUUCAAGCUGCGGUGGAGCUGAACGGCAAUUCUCCAAAAAGGAGAUCCGAUCUGGGGCAAGCAGGAAUAACUUUGCGAUUGUGCUUGACUGA